AUGUCCUUUAACACACCCAAAGGGCAGCGCCUGCCCUCAUCCUCUCCACAACAAGAAUCCUACACCCAAAUGGCAGACACCGACCUCGAAUCCAUUGGCCGCCACUGCCAAUUCGAAUACUGCGGCCAGCUGGAUUUCCUCCCCUUCCGCUGCGAAUCCUGCCACAGUACCUUCUGUCUCGAUCACCGCAGCGAGAUUGCACAUAAAUGUCCGCGCGAGGGCGAAUGGGCCCGACGUCGCAACGGAAUCGCCAAUAACAACAAUAAAGAAAACCGCACCGCGACAGAGCGCCCGAAUAUCUACAACUCAGACCAGUGCGCGCACGUGUCUUGCAAAACGCUCGUUAAUACCUUUAAAGACCCCGGCGUACGCUGUCCGGACUGUAAUCGGCAGUACUGCCUUAAGCACCGACUCCGCGAAGAGCACGACUGCGCAAAGGUGACGCCACUCGGAGCGAGGCAGGGCGGGAGUGGCGCCAACGCAAACGAAACGCUCAAGUCCAUGUUCGCCAAGGUGCGCACAUGGGGUCGUGAGAAACAACAAUCCGCGGCGUCAACUAACAUCAACAACAUCCUCCCCAAACCGAAACCAAAACCCAAUUCACCCGCUGCGCGCGCGGCGGAGGUGAAUCAAAUGAAACGCUCCGCCAAGGGCGACGCCGGCGUUCCUGCUGAUAAGCGGGUGUAUUUGCAUACUGUCGGGACGGCGGAUACGCAAGCGUCAGAACCCCCGGCGGGAGAUUUCUAUUUUGAUAGUCGAUGGAAGGUCGGGCGCGUGCUAGAUGAUGUGGCGCGCAGACUCAAGGUAGAGAAUUUGAAUAAUCGCGCUGCAGGGGAGGAGGCUCGGUUGAGGGUUUUCCAUGUUGAGUCCGGUGAGUUCCUGGAGUUCUCGGACGCGCUUGGUGGUGGCAAGGUUAAGUCGGGAGAUACCAUUGUGCUGCUAAGAGGGGCGGGGACGGUUCUUGGGAAGUCAUAA